CAAGGUGCGUCUCCAAUCUGACGCGACCGCCUGGGGCGGAGUCAGCGGGACGUGCCACCUGCAGUGCUGGCUAGUGCUUUUUAUUUACUAGGGAGCAGUUUCCCCGCGCGACAGUUCGGGAGCGCGCAGGCACUCGCGCGCACACACAUGCACGCAGGCACACACACACACACUUUCGCACACACAAACACGCUAGGAGGCUCGUCUUCGCUACUGCAUCCCCGAAUCAGCAGAGCGAAGCUACUGCGGGUUCUCUUAACCUGAGCAUCGUGGGGCGAAGCAGAGCCAUUGUGCAUCAAGGAGAGGCCGGUGCCUACGCUGCCGUCUCUGGCACCUAACCCAGCAGACCGCUCACCCCAUCGGGUACUUUGGAUUCUCCCCACAUUCUAAAAAUGUGCACAUUCAGUUCAUUGGUGUGUCUACAUUGUCCCAGAAUGAGUGAGUAUGUGUGUGAGUGCACCCUGUGAUGGGAUGGCAUCCUGUACAGGAUGGGUUCCCGCCUUUUGCCCUGAGCUGCCAGGAUGGGCUUCAGCCACCCAAGACCUUGAACUGGAAUAAUUGGUGGUUGACCACAAAGCUCCUGAGGACAUGCCCAAGCUCAGAGGAGCCCGACUAGAAUUUGGUCUGGAAGAGAAUCUUUGUCGUGCCAAUGGCUCAGAAGAUUGUAGAUGGUCACAGUUGAAAGAGAUCUCAAAGAAAUCUGCUUCUCGAAUGGAAAAUUAUAUUUCUGCAGACACUUAGCCAUGAGCUGGAAUGCUUGCUGAUUCCUCUGCACACUUCUAAGGCUGAGAACCUGAGGAACCCAGCUGGAAAAUGCCGUCUGAACGCUGCCUCAGUAUUCAAGAAAUGCUGACAGGCCAGAGGCUCUGCCACUCCGAAUCUCACAAUGACAGUGUCCUGGCAGCGCUGAAUCAGCAGAGGAGUGAUGGCAUCCUCUGCGACAUCACCCUGAUUGCUGAGGAACAGAAAUUCCAUGCUCACAAGGCAGUCCUAGCAGCAUGCAGUGACUAUUUCCGGGCAAUGUUCAGUCUUUGUAUGGUGGAAAGUGGAGCUGAUGAGGUUAAUUUGCACGGUGUGACCAGCCUUGGCUUAAAGCAGGCUCUGGAGUUUGCAUACACAGGACAGAUUUUGCUGGAGCCAGGUGUGAUCCAGGAUGUGCUAGCAGCGGGCAGUCACCUACAGCUGUUGGAGCUUCUCAAUUUAUGCUCCCACUAUCUCAUCCAGGAAUUAAAUAGCUUUAAUUACUUGGAUCUAUACAGACUUGCUGACCUCUUUAACCUCACUUUGUUGGAGAAGGCAGUGAUCGAUUUCUUAGUGAAACAUCUCUCUGAACUCCUGAAGAGCCGCCCAGAAGAUGUUCUAACGCUUCCCUAUUGCCUGCUUCAGGAGGUGCUGAAGAGCGACCGCCUGACCUCCCUGAGUGAAGAGCAGAUCUGGCAGCUAGCUGUGAGGUGGUUGGAACACAACUGCCACUACCAGUACAUGGACGAGCUCCUGCAAUACAUCCGCUUUGGCCUAAUGGAUGUGGAUACUCUCCAUACAGUUGCCCUGUCCCACCCCCUUGUCCAAGCAAGUGAGACUGCAACAGCCCUUGUCAACGAGGCCCUGGAAUACCACCAGAGCAUCUAUGCACAGCCCGUCUGGCAGACUCGCAGGACCAAACCACGGUUCCAGUCAGACACUCUGUAUAUCAUUGGUGGGAAAAAGCGCGAGGUCUGCAAGGUCAAGGAACUUCGGUACUUCAAUCCCGUUGAUCAGGAGAAUGCUCUCAUAGCCGCCAUUGCCAACUGGAGUGAGCUGGCUCCCAUGCCUGUGGGAAGGAGCCACCACUGUGUGGCAGUCAUGGGGGACUUCCUGUUUGUGGCAGGAGGGGAAGUUGAGCAUGCCAGUGGCCGGACGUGUGCCGUGAGGACUGCCUGUCGCUAUGACCCCCGCAGUAAUUCCUGGGCAGAGAUAGCACCUAUGAAAAACUGCCGGGAGCAUUUUGUGCUGGGUGCCAUGGAGGAAUACCUUUAUGCAGUUGGGGGCAGAAAUGAACUGCGCCAGGUUCUGCCUACAGUUGAGCGAUAUUGCCCCAAGAAGAACAAAUGGACUUUUGUUCAGUCCUUUGACAGAUCCCUUUCAUGCCAUGCUGGAUAUGUGGCUGAUGGUCUUCUUUGGAUAUCAGGUGGAGUAACUAAUACGGCACAAUAUCAGAACAGGCUAAUGGUGUAUGAACCUAACCAGAAUAAGUGGAUAAGCCGUAGCCCCAUGCUGCAGAGAAGGGUCUACCAUUCCAUGGCUGCUGUACAAAGGAAGCUUUAUGUUCUUGGAGGCAAUGACCUAGACUACAAUAACGACCGGAUCCUUGUGCGCCAUAUAGAUUCUUACAACAUAGACACUGACCAGUGGACACGUUGCAGUUUCAACCUGUUGACUGGCCAAAAUGAAUCUGGAGUUGCUGUCCAUAAUGGGAGAAUAUAUUUAGUUGGUGGAUAUUCAAUUUGGACAAAUGAGCCUCUGGCUUGUAUCCAGGUACUGGAUGUAAGCAGGGAAGGCAAAGAAGAAGUAUUCUAUGGGCCUACACUCCCUUUUGCUUCCAAUGGAAUAGCGGCAUGCUUCCUUCCAGCUCCAUAUUUUACAUGCCCUAACCUUCAAACUCUUCAAGUGCCUCAUCACAGGAUUGGCACCAUCUGAAAAACCAAUGCCAUCAUGAACAGGAGGAAAACAUAGCCCUGACUGUUGGAUACUGGGCAUGAAAAGACUCAGUGCUCAAUACUUCCUUGUCUUGCUUUAUAGGUCUUAUAUUCAGAUAAAUUUAAGCAAAAAAUGAACAAUUUUCUAAAAUACAUUAUUGAAAACUCUUGUCACCCUUCUCAGUGUAUGUCAACAUGCAAUAUGUAUGACUUUUAUUGUGGUAUAGCUUAGUGCCAAUUUAAGGUACAUUGUGUUCCAUGGGUCUUUAGAGCAUUCUUUGUACACUUUUUCUAAUCAGCACUGUCUUAAGACAACAUAACACUGUUAGUAAGGCAAUUUAUUGGACACAAUGGCAUCGAUGAUCUUAAAAAACUAUAUAUUCUGUACUUAAUCCCUUUAUUAUUUAAAGCUGGGCUUGUAAUUUUUCUUUUUAAAAUUUAACAUUAUGCAGCCCUGCUCAGUAGAGACUCAGUAUUAUGACAUCAUAAAUUUUUAAAUGCCAUAUUUUAUUCAAGGUGAUACGAAUAAUAGACAUACACUGGAACAGCAGUUGAAAUACCCAGAUUUUUCACCUUGGUUACUCUGACCUUGGGUCAGAACCUAACUUUACAGUGCUUCAGUUUUCCCACCUUUUAAGGAGGAUAAUUACUGAUUUCCAUGUUAAUUUAAAAGAACAUUAUGAGCAUUAGGUGAACACUUUGAAAUACUUUGCCUAAGAAAAAGAAAAAUGUUACUGAAAUUAUAAGGUAUUUUACUGUCUUUAGAGCCUUGUAAUUGAACACGGAGAUUAUUUUUGAAGUUUAAAAAUUACUAGAUAGAAUUUGGAAACAUGUUAUGGAAUAAAUGAAACAUGUUAUGGAAUAAAUGAUUCUAAAAAGCAUGUGAAAGAGACACACAAUUAGGAAAUAGGGAGUUUAUCGAAAUCUAAACUUGUACAGAUAUCUAAACUUGCCUCAAGUAACUCUCAGAUGUCUCAUUUAAAAUCAUUUAGUGAAAAAUGACAUUUAAAGCUAAAAAAUAAUUUAGUUGUACUAAUUAUGGUACCAUAAAGUGCUUUGACAUAAAUUUGAACCUAGAAUUGGCAGUUCUAAUAAAAGUUUUUCCACUUUGUUAAAGGUUAUGUCAAUCUUGAGUGCUUGUGGAAGUCUUCACCACCAAUACAUAUUUUAUUACUAUCACUUUUAAUAAUGCAUAGGAAUUCUUUUUUAACUAGUUUUUGGGUUUGCUUUGUCUAUAACAAAAAAUAAAUACAACUUAAUAAUCACAUUUGAAAACAAAUUUAACAAGUAUAAUGUGAGUUUUUCUUUUUUCCUAACUUCCUCGGGACCUAGGUCACCUUUAUUAAAAGGAAGAAUUCACUCUUUUUUCCUUGGCAGUUUAAUCACUCAGCAAUCCCUCUCUUAAAGGAAAUUGUUAUUUUAUUCAUGUAACCAUUUUUUUGUAAUCAAAAGUGAAUAAAAACGAUCUUUUUGUCU